AUGUUCCUUUGGGCCAAAGGGAAGGCCGUGCUGAUCACGGGCUGCGACAAGGGCUUUGGCCAUGCCCUGGCCAGGCACCUCUACGCCAGAGGCUUCACCGUCUUUGCCGGCUGCCUGCUCAAGGACCGAGGGGGGGACGGUGCCCGAGCCUUGGCCAGCCUGGGGUCCGAGCGCCUGCAGGUCCUGCAGCUGGACGUCUGCCGCCAGGAGGAGGUGGACCGGGCCCUGAGCCUCGUGCAGGAGAGCCUGGAGGACCCCCAGCAAGGCCUGUGGGGCCUGGUGAACAACGCGGGCGUGGCCUCCUUUGGGGAGGUGGAAUUCACCAGCCUGGACCGGUACCGGGAGGUGGCGGAGGUCAACCUGUGGGGCGCCAUUCGCGUGACCAAGGCCUUCCUGCCCCUCGUCCGCAGGGCCAGAGGCCGGGUGGUCAACUUGACCAGUGCGCUGGGCCGGGUGGCCAGUCCGCUGCGCUCCUCCUACUGCGUCUCCAAGUUCGGCCUGGAGGCCUUCACCGACUGCCUGCGCCAGGAGAUGCGCCCCUGGGGGGUGGCCGUGGUGGCCGUCGAGCCCAGCAACUUCAUCGCGGCCACCGGCAUCUUCACGGAGGAAGGCGUGGAGGCCGCGGCCCGGGAGAUGUGGGGCCGGGCCAGCGAAGGGGUCCGCGCCGACUACGGGGAGGCCUCCUUCUGGCGGCAGGUGGGCCACAUGAAGGCCUUUGUCCGCAGUGGCCUGAGGGACCUCAGCCCCGUCCUGGACGACAUCACGGACGCCCUCUGCGCCCAGCUGCCCUACGCCCGCUACAACCCCAUGGAGCCCCGCUGGUGGCUGCGCCUGCAGGCCGUGACCCACCUGCCCUCCGCACUGACCGACUGGCUCUAUGCAAAUUAG